AUGUCGUCCAUGAAUAGAGUUUUUGGAGGCAUGAUGGCUAAAGAAGAUGAGAACGAAGAGUUUAACGUCUAUAGAAGUGGCGGUGAGAAUGAGAAGUUGGAGCUUUUGAAGGCCUUAAGGUCAUCACAAACGCGUGCAAGAGAGGCUGAAAUGAAAGCAGCGAGUUUGGUUAAUGAAAGGAACUGUCUUUCCGAUGCUUUGCUAGAGGAGGCAAUGAGAUUGUAUGCUUAUCGGCAAUGGGUGAGAUUGCUUGAGCUCCAAGUUUCAAAGUUGCAAUCACAAUGGCUACAACAACAAAACCAAAACACUGGUUGUGGUUGUGGGGGAUCAAAGGGUGCAGAAGAGCUGUUGAAAGAGGGGGAUGGUGAUGAGGAUGGUGGAGGUGUGACAUGGUUUUUGGCUGUGGCAUUUUGUUUGGGAUUUGUUGGUGUGGGCUUCGCAUUCGGUUAUAGAUACUUGUUUUGA